AUGGAGCUGGCUUUUAUAAGACUUGAUAGAGAUACAACAUGGAUUUAUUUUUACGAAGGAAUUAGAAAUAUACAAGAUCUUGUUUAUGUGGAAGAUAGAUUCUUUGCCAUUAGUGAUUUUAACCAACUAGUGUCUUUUACCCCUCAAUACAACCCGGAGGACGAUUUGAAAGUGGCUGCACAAUAUUUUGAAGAAGAGGAGGAAGCAGUCAUCAAGAGAUAUCUGGUAGAGUUGAGUGAUCAUAAAGAACUAUUAAUGGUACACAGGUAUCUAGAUAAUAGACAUAACAUACAUGGCAAGCGUUUCACAACAAAAAUCGAAUUGUAUACACUUGACGCUGAUAAGCAUAAGUGGACCAAGAUAAACAGUUUGGGUGGCGCUGCUCUCUUCUUGGGGGAGAACUCGUCGAUAUCUUUGUUGGCUUCAGAGGUGUUAGGGUGCCUGCCGGAUUGCAUAUGCUUCAUACACGAUUUUAAUAGAGUACCUUGUAAGCGACCUCGUGAUUUUGGUUUGUAUAACAUCAAAACAGAAAAGUUCUUACAAAUUGACGACACACAAGCGGCAACCCUAAUCAAGAUGAGCAAUCGAACACCAAUAUGGGCGGUGGCAAACAUCAAGUUGUAA